AUGCUCCGAACCAUUGCAGGGCAUGGAUGGAGAUCACAUUCUAGUAAACCUGCUCAAAACAUACAUAUAAGCAAACCUGGAGCUGGCUUUAGCUUUGAACUUACUGAUGAACAGAAAGAGUUUCAAGCUACUGCUCGUAAGUUUGCCGUGGAGGAAAUUAUUCCUGUUGCUGCACAAUAUGACAAAAGUGGAGAGUAUCCUCUUCCGCUCAUAAAACGAGCUUGGGAACUUGGUCUUAUAAAUUCACACAUACCAGAAAGCUGUGGUGGUCUUGGCCUUGGCAGUUUUGAAGCAUGCCUUAUUACGGAAGAGUUAGCUUACGGAUGUACAGGGGUUCAAACUGCCAUUGAGGCAAACUCCCUAGGGCAAAUGCCAGUAAUCAUUGCAGGAAAUGAGCAUCAGCAGAAAAAAUACUUAGGAAGAAUGACAGAGGAACCAAUGAUGUGUGCUUACUGUGUAACAGAGCCUGGAGCAGGCUCUGAUGUGGCUGGUAUAAAAACAAAGGCUGAGAAGAAAGGAGAUGAAUAUGUUAUUAAUGGUCAGAAGAUGUGGAUCACAAAUGGUGGGAAAGCAAACUGGUAUUUUUUGCUUGCUCGUACCAAUCCAGAUCCAAAAGCUCCUGCAAGCAAAGCCUUUACUGGAUUCAUUGUGGAAGCAAAUAGCCCUGGAAUCCAAAUUGGAAGAAAGGAAAUGAAUAUGGGUCAGCGCUGCUCUGAUACAAGAGGUAUUGUCUUUGAAGAUGUGAGAGGUCCCAAAGAAAAUGUAUUAAUAGCUGAGGGAGCUGGCUUUAAAAUCGCAAUGGGAGCUUUUGAUAAGACCAGACCACCCGUAGCAGCUGGUGCUGUUGGGUUAGCAAAAAGAGCACUCGAUGAAGCUACUAAAUAUGCUUUGGAGAGAAAAACCUUUGGGAAACCAAUCGCUGAACACCAAGCAGUGUCUUUCAUGCUUGCUGAAAUGGCAAUGAAAGUGGAACUGGCUAGGAUGGCUUACCAAAGAGCUGCGUGGGAAGUUGAUGCUGGUCGCAGGAAUACCUACUAUGCUUUCAUUGCAAAGGCAUUCACGGGUGAUGUUGCAAACCAAGCAGAUACAGAUGCAGUACAGAUUUUUGGAGGAAAUGGAUUUAAUACUGAAUAUCCUGUAGAAAAACUAAUGAGAGAUGCUAAAAUCUACCAGAUUUAUGAGGGAACUGCUCAGAUUCAAAGGAUGAUCAUAGCUCGUGAACAUGUUGGCAAAUACAAGGCUUAAAGAAAUGUAUCAGGCAAUCUGGUGCUGCUGUAGUGUUCUGUGUUCUCAUGGAAGAGGAUGUUAGUGCAUUUCUCAAUACAAUUAGAAAGGUGUGGGAAAACCCCUUUGCCUUCAAAAUCUUUGUAUUGCGUACACGAUUAAGCACUACUUCUGUACUCCCCAUCCAUUCUUUUACUUCGUUCCUCCUGACUAACAAACUUGGUGUUUUCUAAACAUUUCUGAAUUUCAAAGUGAUUGGUUGUCAUCUUUCCCCACUCACUCUCUUUCACUCAGAUCUUUGGCUUUUGGUGGGAGAAGAGGUAAAUACUUCCCUGUAGAAUUUACAUGAUCAAAAGAGUGAACAAAAUUCAGAUUCUUUUAAUUAUGUUUUUUUUGUCUGUGAAGGCAUUCAGCAUGUAACAAGGAAUUGGAUUUUAGGUGUUUCUCUAUUGUUUAUAAUGACACAGAUUUGCUCCCACUGUUUUAGCACUGGAGUUCAGGUGGAUAUCAAAUUAAUAAAUCUCAGAGCAAUUUAAAAAAGCAAUUCUGCUUCCUCAGGUAUACCAUGUUGCAGCACAUGGUCUCUCACUUACUAAAAUAAAUAUGACAACACUGUGGUUUUGUGGUCUUUAGAAACUUGCAUCUUUUAAAAAAAUUGAAAGUGAAUACAUAUUGACUUCUGGACCUUUCAGAAACAUACAUUCUCAUAAAUUACAACACAGAUAGAUGUUAAUUUUCUCAAAUGGUGGCUGGAUUGCUACUUGCAGAUUAUCUAUAUUUUACACGUGUCCAUGAGUCAGUAUGAACAAAAACUAGUUUUUGUUUUCAAAAGAUAGAGCAUAAUAGGACUUCUUUUCUGUGACUUAACCAUCUUAUUCACCUGAGUCCAGCAGACAGAAAUUGUCAUUCAAUGCGUUUAUCUCUAUGCCUCAAAGAAACCUCUAACAUUUAUGAAGAAAAUGCUUGUUUUCUUGUGCCUUAAGCAAGACUUCUUCUUUAUGGAUGAAUGUUAAGUACGGUUCUUGUGGAAUACAGGUAUAUGUUUUUAUCAUAGUGGGAAAAAAGAAGCAUGAUCAUUCAAUUUUAUACAUGUUUUCAUUUUAACUGAUGCCAUGUGAAAGAAGUAGGAAACUGCCUUAUUUUCAGUUAUAACAAUGCUGUUCUAAACUUGGAUAUUACUCCAAAAGCCCAAAUACGAUAAGGGGCAAGAAAUGAGAACCUCACAACACAAUGUUUUUUCACUGUAAAAUUAGAUGUUCAAAAUGUUAUUUCUGACAGGCAUUGCUGCAUUCUAAUAAAAAACUAUUUAUAAGCAG